AUGGACGAUAAAGCCGAUAUACAAAAACCCAGCCCCAAGCUAGGAGCCACCGGAGGCCUUCCACAUCCCCAAGAUGACCUAUUCAAUAUUGACGAGUCUUUGAACCUUCCUACUCAUGAAGUACUCCAUCUCAAUAAUUCCCAACACCCAAAUAAAUACAGUUCACUUGAUGGUAACUCCAAGAGGGACCUGUUGAACAAAAAGCAGUUGGUGGUUGACAAUGGCGGUGCCAUUCAAGAGCGACCACAAGAAGGGGAGGCACAACCACACGGUAACAAAUUCAUGGAGUUUGAGGUUGAGAACGUUAAAGAGAGAAAUCAUCUCAAGAGUUUCACUAAACCAUUCCGCAACAUGUCCAAUAUCCAAGUCUCUAAAUCCUUCUAUGUUUUCAUUGGGUUUUCAGUUUUGUCCACCAUCCUCAUUUUGCCUUUCCAAAUCUUCCUUUUUUUUGAUUCCACUCAUCUAGACAGUUUCAAUGGUUAUCUGGGUUAUCUGGUUUUCACAACUAAAGCUAUAACAGUAUGUUGUUCUUUACUUAUCUUUGCCAGAGUGUAUCAGAUUUUUAUGUCUGUUACAGCACUAAUUACCAAGAACACCAUCCAAGCUUUGUAUGUUCUUGUGUACUUGAUAUCGGUAUUUGUUAGUUCUGUUGACUACAUGCGCGAAUUUCCAGCGAGUUUGAAUUAUGAAACCACACAUGGCGAUUUCAUCAUGGUCAGAUUUAGUAGUUAUUGGAUUAUUUGCAUAUCGGGAUUGACAAUUGUUGCGCAGGUUGUGUUAUUUGUUUGGAAAUUAGGCAAAGAACUUAGUUGGCAAAGCUUUAAGUCAAUGAAGAGCUCAAUGAGCACCAGAAGUAUGGUGCUUGUGGUGCAGAACUACAAGGCAUUAUUGAUCUUGAACGGCUUUUUCAUUCUUUGUGAUUUGGUGAUCUGUAUCAACUUCUCUUACAAGGCUACUCAUGGCUCUUAUGAUGCUUUCAGUAUUAUUGCAAUGAUCCUUAUUGGAUUGACACCAUUUGUUUUUUGUUACCUUUACUUUGCUGUCGAUAGAAAAUCGGUCGUGGCAUUGAAGUUUGGGAUGUUUUACAUGCUUUCGUUAUUUAUUUUCACCGUAAUGAGUAGUUACAUGGCCCCAUCAUUUUCAGGCAUGUAUCGUUAUUAUCCAGAUGUUUUCGACGGCAAUUCAGAAUCUUUUGUGGAUAAAUCUGUGGAAUACUAUCUGUAUAUUGAUCCUUUCCGUGGAGCGUUUGCGCCUUUCCAUUACUUGUUUUUGUCAUUCAGUUUUGUGGUGUCAAUCUACUUGAUUUCUAUUUUUUACAGGGAAAGAAAUCCGAAAUGUGCUGGACUGUGGAAGAAACCGAAAAACGCAGAAUUACCUAGCGAUGCCAAUUGCGCUGGUGAACAGAACGAAUUGGAAUCACAAAUUGCCGUUCUAUUGCAACAAAACAUUAUUUUGGUGACCGUUGCUUCGAUUUUGGGUAUUGGCUUCAUGUCGUACAUCUAUACUGUUCGCAGAAAGUACUUGCUUUCUUGGUACUUGGUUUCUAUUAUCUCGAUUUUUGCAAUCUUGGGGCUUUCGAUAGCUGCUUACCUCUAUUUUGUUGCCACUGUUACUGAUAGCUGUCCAAAGUAUUUGAAAAUAUUCAACAGAACUGGCAAAAGUACACCACUGCAAACCAGCAUUUUGAUCAAAAUCACCAAGAUCAAGUACUUGUUUGUUGCCUCGAUCGCCGCCUCGUUCAUUCUUCUCAAUGGAGCGGUCUAUUUCACGUUUUUCAUUGUCAAUCUCUGCCAAUAUUAUAGCUUCUAUGAAAGUCUAUAUAUUAACUCUGUACCAGAGUGCCUAUUAUAUAUAACUUACCAAGGGAUUUUGAUAACCGCAGAGCAUGCUAGACCUUACAAUUCAACAUCAUAUGAACAGGCAAAGCAACAGCUUGAUACAUAUGCAACCGAAGUGUAUGAUCCAGCUUUGGAAGCUUUAUUACCAAUGGGAAAAGGAAAACCAUCAGCCCUUGCAAUUUUGAUGUGUUUUGUUGCAUUUACUCUUUUGUUCAGGCAGAGUUUGAAUUAUUCCAAACUUUUGUACUUAACUCACAAGUAUAUUUCAUUACCCCAGCAGAAGUUCCUCAAUGUCACAGCAAACGAGAAGCCAUCACAAUCACCAUCAAAAGAUAUUACGGCUGUGGAACCCGUGGUGACUACAACUAGCUUAGCUGACCCUGUUGAAGAACCAGUGAAGCUUUCCGCGGUUUCGAAGCUUUGCCUAGGUCUUGUAUCACUAGUAUACUUUAACAUGUAUUUUAUUUCAAUGGUCUUCUUGAUAUAUGCUGCUUUCCCUCUUGAUUAUUGGCUAAUUUACGAAAUUGAAGGAGUUUCUGUUUCUCUCCCUGAUUUCAAUCCAACCUUGAUUGCCAUCGGGGUCAUUCACAUCGCGUAUAUUGUGAUAGUUAUUGGAACAACAUACAUGAUUACCUAUUUGCGCCACAAAAAUCUGAAAUCAUCUGAAAAAUCAAGGACAGCCACAAAAAUCUUGGCCUUAUGGUUUAUGGGUAGCGGGGUGAUUUGGAUCCCGAUGAUCUGUUACCAAUUUUAUAAAAUGCUUUGGAUCUUCAACAUAGUUGAGGGUUCACACGACAAUGUUACAAUUUUCUUUCCGGUUUUAGCGGGAUUGAUGGUUCAAUUGGUUUCAUUCUUGGUUGUUAUUAUCGGGGGAGGGUUCUUGUGGUGGAAGGUCAGGCAAGAAGGCCAGAAAUAUGAAGUAGUCUGA